AUGAGGGUUUUCUGCUCCUCUGAGGGCGAUCAGAUCCUCUACAGCUGGACUCUGAAUGGAGGUCCACUGAUGGAUGGAAACUCCAGCAUUGAUCUGGAUGAGGGAACUGAUGGAAACAUCAGCUGCAGUGUGAAGAACCACGUCAGUCACAGACAGAAGACUGUUAGUGUCAAACCCUGUCCUGCUCCUAUUGGCUCAGUGGAAGUGUCAAUCAGCUGCUCCUCCAGUGGGGCGAUGAGGGUUUUCUGCUUCUCUGAGGGCGAUCAGAUCCUCUACAGCUGGACUCUGAAUGGAGGUCCACUGAUGGAUGGAAACUCCAGCAUUGAUCUGGAUGAGAGAACUGAUGGAAACAUCAGCUGCAGUGUGAAGAACCACGUCAGUCACAGACAGAAGACUGUUAGUGUCAAACCCUGUCCUGUCUUACAUGUCUCUCUGAUUGCUUUGGGCUUUGUUGCGCUGAUCCUGUUUCUGCUGUUCAUCACCGUAUAUCACAUUUACAAGAAAAAACAGGUCAAGUCGACACCAGAAUCACUCCCGGCUGCUGAUGUGGAAUAUGUUGAGAUCCAACCGCAGAAGAAGAGGAAGGAGAGGAAAGAGAAGGAGGAAGAGGUUCAGUACGGCGAGGUGACAUUCACUCUAAACCCCUCAAUCGCUUACACACGGCCUCAGGAGGAGUGUAUUUAUUCUCAGUCUGUUGUCCGAGGUGGUUUGCUGAUCAUAUCAUGUGACUUCCUGCGUGUGAAAGGAAGCAUCUCAUGCCUUCUCAGUGCAAAAGGUUACAGAGAUGGAGAUGCUGCUGCUGCAUCUUCAUCUUCUUCCUCCUUCAGCAGUGUCACUUUACCACAACCAGAUGGCUAA